CAGCGGAUUCUAACCCGGCAUUAAGUGUGCUGCUGAGGGUGCAUAACCUGAAUUCUAAUCAUGUUAAACUGACGUGACUGAAGGAAAUAAAGGGCUGCUCUGCCGUCCGCAGCUCCAGCUGGAUCAUCGGGCUCCAUGUACGACCCGCUGCCGCUGGAGAUGCUCAAUUAACGAUGAUCCUUAACGAGGAGCGCUGAUUAACAGCACCGGAGGAGGCAUUGUCAGGAGCCGAGAUAUGAAACGACCGCUGAGCCUGCCCCACUCCGCUGAGAACAGGACCCACCUGGCCGAGACGGCGGGGAGCCAGUCGGAGCAGCGCACGAAGCGGGAGAAGAAGCACCAGUCGUUCACUCUGUGCGAGGUCUGCAACAUCCAGCUCAAUUCGCCUGCCCAGGCACAGAUACACUACAAUGGAAAAUCCCACCAGAAACGCCUCAAGCAGCUCAACAAAGGGAAGGUGCCAACGGGCCAAGGACCAUCUGGGCACAGCAGCCCCCUCCUAGCAUCGCUGUCUAUUCCUGGGCGACCCCUACACCCGCCACUGGACAUCAAGCACUUCCUGACCUUUAGACUCAAUGGGACGUCCCCGCUCAACCUGUUCCCCAACUUCAACACGAUGGAUCCCGUGCAGAAGGCCGUGAUCAAUCACACCUUUGGUGUCCCCUCCCCGCUCAAGAAGAAGCAGUUCAUCUCUUGCAACAUCUGCCACCUCCGAUUCAACUCCGCGAACCAGGCGGAGGCGCAUUACAAAGGCCACAAACACGCCCGGAGACUCAAAGCCAUAGAAGCUGUGAAGAACAAACAGAAAACAGCAGUGGCCACCAGCCGGGACAUCCCAGCAGACUUCCCUGCCACCCUGGACGUCAGCGGGGAUCCCCACAGCACAGUUCAAGCCAACGGCCUCCUGGGGCUGAAGGAGCCGGACGCUGAGCGUAGCAGCCUCAUGCUGACGCCCACCUCGGAGGAGUCCUCAGCCGAGCUGUCCGGCAGCGUCCCAGCCCUAGUCUCCCCGCCUGUUUCGGAGCUGUCAGAGGGCCCUUCGGAUGCCGCCAGUGUGGCCUCUUUGCCAGCGCCGGGAGCUGAGACGCCAGCCACUGAAUCGGGCAGCAGCGUCGGCUCAGCCCCUGACCGAGAAAAGGAAGGGAAGAAAAGCAAGCAGCACCUCUACUGCCCCACCUGCAAAGUGACGGUGAACUCGGCAUCCCAGCUGGAGGCUCAUAACACAGGGGCCAAGCACAAGUCUAUGCUGGAGGGUCAGACCACCCAGAUGCGGCGGGGCCGGGGCAAGGUCAUCCCCAGGGCGGGGCACAAGUCCAAAAGAAUCGGCAACAAGGGCAGCAUCCACAUCCAGAACAAGGCAUUCCGUUGCCAAGUGUGCGAGAUCUACGUCAACUCAGAGACCCAGCUCAAACAGCAUGUGAGCAGCAGGAGACACAGAGACAGGCUUGCUGGGAAGCCACCCAAGCCAAAAUACAGCCCGUACAACAAGCUCCAGAAGAACGCUGUCCUCGCAGUGAGUAUUCUGAAGUCCAAGCUGGCUUUGCAGAAGCACCUCACCAAAACCUUGGCCACCCGCUUCCUCCCAAGCCCCCUCACCACGGCAGCCAUGUGCGCCAUGCCUGGCCCACUCACCCUCAGACCAGCCACCGCCCUCUUCCAGGCCCCGCUCCUUGGACCAGCGCUCUUCCGAACCCCGGCAGGUCACGUCCGCACCACGCCCGGCCCCAUCGUCUUCGCGCCCUACUAGAGCCUCGCGCCCUCCAAGGCUCCGUCUCUCCCGGACGCGGCGAAGAGCCCGGGGAGCUAUGCAGCAAGGGGCAGCACUACUGGACAGGGCUCUGUUCCGAUUGAAGGCAAAUGAUUCUUUGUAACCGUUGAUCGGCGGUCGGGGGGGGUUCUUUCACUCCCAGCGGGUUCUCACUGGGCUAGGAGAUUCCCCAUCUGACUGCUCUGCCAGGCCUGGCUGUGCCCCCGUUACCCACGCCCAGUGCCCCAGUCGGUUCUGCCACCCACUCACUCAGUAGCUCUCCAAAAACACAGCUCCAUGUCUGGUUUGAUUGGAUUCAGUUAAAGGGACAGUGCCAGGAUCCCCUAGGCCCAUUGAUGCCCAUGGCCAGCGGGUGCCCCUCUUUGGCUAGUGAGUUUUUCAUUCAUCCCCUUCCCAGUGAUUCAUUUAAACCAAACCAGGGAAGGGGCCUGGCUGACCCUCUGGAAAGGGAGGGCCUUUCUCUCAGACUUGCUGGUUCAGAGCCAGCCCAGGUUCCUGGCGACCCCCAGAUCAUAGGCCCUGCUGGAAGGAGUCUGUGGUGGAUCUCAGGCCAGUUUCCAGUGGGAGAAACCUCCCCAGCACAAAUUCCACCUGUAGCAGGGAGGACACAGCCUAAGCCCUGCGUGGGACAUGAGGCACGUAGGCAGAGAGCCGCGUGGUGGAAGAUUGCCCUUCCUACUGCCUGAGCCAUCCUGGAUCUGAGGAUGCAGGGAGUGUUACUCUCCAGCUCCUCUGGUCUGGUCCAUUUCAGCAGCAGGAAAUCCAGAGGAAAAAUUAACAAAAACAGACACCGGCAAACAGGGACAGCGUUUUCCCAUAGAACAAACAGUUGAACCCCGGGGCUCCUUGGCAGCAGAGACCUCUUUGCUGCUCACUUCAGAAAACACAUUAUCAUCCAACGCCGGAAGUGCAGCGGAGGGCCACUCAAAUUGGAUAGGAGCGUUUGUCUAGAGCAGUGUUUUUUAACCUUUUUGUAAUUUGCGGACCCCUUUGGAAAUGAGAUAUAGUCUGAGGAUCCCCAGGGGUCCGUGGACCACAGGUUGAAAACCACAGGUCAAGUGGUUAAACAACAGGACUCCUGGAUUCUCCUCCCAGACCUGGGACAGGGUGUAAGAACAGGACGUGGGGAAUCAGGACACCUGGGUUCCAUUACCAGUUCAGCUACGGCCUGGAGUCAACUGGUUAGAGAACGGCCCUUCUCCUUGGCAUCUAUUCCCAACUCUGCCAUUCACCCCCUUGCACCACGGCGCUUCACCUCUUAGUGCCUCCGUUUCCCCCAAUUAAGCAGGGGAUAGCUCUGUCCCUACCUCGCAGGGAGGCUGAGUGAAGGUUCAUAAAGCAUGUUGUCCUUCCAUAGCGCCUUUCCUUGGAGAGCUGCAAAGCAUUCCUACUGUUAACAGGCCAGCAGACACAAUCCAGUCACCCAGCCCCCUUGAAACUAGGAGCUUCCAAGGAAACUGGGAGGAUUCCCUGUUCGUUCAGCCCGACAGCCCAGAAUCAAAGAGCAGGUUCGUUUAACAAGCCCGUGGCGUUGUCCCUCUUAUGCUCUGAGUGCAGCUUGCAGACCGUGGGGCUCCAGGGCCCACGCUAGGCAUUACGGGAGCAGUGGGUUUGUUUUUCACUGUGUUAAAAGACGGCGCGAGGACCUGGUCUGAACAGUCACCGAGCCGCUCUGGGCUCCGUAGCGCGCUGUAAAUAGAAAUAUGCAGGAAGGUUGCGACCCGCACGGACCUUGUGCCGGAGUGACCCCCCCGUCCCGAUCUAUGCAAAUCCGAACGGAGCAGCCCGUCGUCGUGGUAGCCGGGCUGCGUCCAGCGGCGGUGCCCGCUCUGUGUGUACAGCGAGGAAUGUUGGUCGGAGCAGAAACUGAACCACGCACCUCCGUGAGAGAGCCCCCUGCUCCCCACUGCACAGGCUGUGGGCCCCCAGCGGAGCUGCCCUCCGAUUUGGGCAGCUCGCAGUCCCCACGCACAAGCACACCUGUCCGAUGACUGAACUUGAACACACCAGCUGUGUGGCAGGAGGCAUUUGGGCAGCACAGGGAGGAUCCUGCCGCUCCCCCCCACACCCCCCACCACUGGAGGCUGAACACGGUUUCCAAACACCAUGGGGCCGUGAGAUUGUCACUUCCCCAGAGCUCAGGGGCAGUCCCUGGGUGCUUUGGGCAAUACGGGUCUGUGUGUUUCAUGUCCCCGAUCCACAGAGGAGGUGGGUCGGUUAUAGCUCAAGCCGGAGCAUUGUGCUUUCAGUGCUGGAGGUCCCCAGUGCAAGGCCUGAUGGUGCUGUCCCACAACCCCCUCCCCCUUGGCGUGGUCACCAGCGGGGUUUGACCUGGGGCCGACAGCACCACAAUGCAGAUUCCUACCGCUUGAACGGGCAGUAGUAGUGGGUUGUUAUCCCCUAUAGGCCCAGCCCACUAGAGGGGGCUGUGCUAAGAGCUCAGACAGCGUAUUACAGGAGCGCACUACAGGGGGACAUGGCAGCUCUCAACACGUGGGAUAUGCCGGGGAGACUGUUCUCCCCCUCCCCGCUUGGGCGUGCAUGGAGCUGGUGCAGGAUAGACUGGCCUGCCUGGGGUAAACCAGAGUCAGGCCUUGGGGCUGAGAACUGGGAGAGCCAGCCCUGGGGCUGGGGGGAGGGGCACAUUUUGAUGCCAGUUUUUCUGGGCACCUGAAGGUGAAACCUUGGGGGGUUCUUUUUGGGGGGUUUAAAUGUGUCCUACGGAGCUUUGCAAUAACCCCCAGCGCCAGCCAGCUGUAGGGGACCAGCUCCAUCCCUUACAGCCUCAGGGUGGGCGAAUCCUCCGCUAGGCGUCCACAAGGGAAUGGAGUCCCAGUGGGGGCUAGACCCCCCCCCAGAUCACAGGAGCCCCUUUCAUAAAUCCCAUUGCGGGGGCGGGGGCUGGUGGUGGGAUGCCACUGGGCAACCCGUCCCCUCACGAAGCUUUAGAUGGGGAGAGGGAGGGAUCUGGACACCUCUGUGUGAUGCCGGUCAUCCCCUAAUGCCAUCAGCCCCCAGGUAACCUGGGACUUACCCUGGCACCGGCCGUCCAGCCCCGCAGCAGCCUCUCCUCCAUCUGCCUCUAGUUGGGUUUGCUCCCUCCCGCCACCAUCCUGCUCCAGCUCCGGUCUCCU